AUGAAGUUUGGGCGCAAUUUGCCCCGAAAUGUGGUGCCGGAAUGGAGCUCCUCCUACAUCCGGUACAAGUCGUUGAAGAAGCUCAUCAAAUCCCUGGCGGAACGUGUGAAGGCGGGUCACGAGGCAGAUCUUGCCGGCUUCUUCUACUCCCUCGACCGAAACCUUGAGGACGUUGAUCACUUUUACAACAAGAAGUAUGCCGACUUCUCGCGUCGCCUGAAGCUACUAUCAGACCGCUAUUCACAGCCCUUGGAUGGGAGCCAUUUGGACUCGGAGGACGUGGAAGACCUUUUGGCCGCAUUGCUUGAGUUGCGUGGACAAUUCCGCAAGUUGCAAUGGUAUGGCGAGGUCAACCGUCGCGGGUUCAACAAGAUCACCAAGAAGCUUGAUAAAAAGGUUGGAGCGCAGGCGAAGCAGAAAUACCUUGAGACAAAGGUAGAACCAUUGCCAUUCGCCUCCAACACUCGUGUUUCCGAAGCGUUGAAAAAGAUUAAUGACUGGCUGUCUGCUCUGGGUGACCAGAAGACCUUCGACGAUGCCAGCUCGACGCAUUCUACUCUUUCAUUGAAAAGAGGCCCCUCUCGCCCCAAUUUGAACCUCCCUGCGAACAUGCUUCUUACUAUCGAUGAAGCAUUGCGCAAAGAUGAUACCCAUGUUCUAUUGGAGUUGUUAGAGGAUCUGAAAACGGCCGCGGAUGAAGCGGGCGACAAAGUCUUCCAAAAGGUUCUUCGUAAUCUUCUCCAGCGGUCGAUUUAUUAUCGCUCCAAAGCAUGCAUUUCUGCUGUCCUUGGCCGUUUGGACUCCCUUGAGGAAGACGACGAUAUCAACAAGCGCAACUGCAUCCAUCGCUUGGUGAUUGCGAUUGGUCGUGCUCAGACUACCGCUGAUUCAGAACAGUCUGCCUCAAUGGUGUUGGACUUCCCUCUGGAUACCUCGAAUUAUAUCACUCCCGCCGCACUUCCGACCCUGCAGCCUCCCCGCCCAGUGGUGAAAGAAGCGAACCAGCCCCAGCAUCUGGACAGGUCUGAUCCCGCGGUCUCUGUUCUCGAACAUCUGCUAGAUAAUCUUCGUCCGGAUCAACGCCAGUCCCUGCUUUCUAGAGACAUGUCUGGACGCACCCCAUUACACUAUGCUGCGCAGUAUGGGUUUAGGGUUGUUUGUGAAGUGAUUAUCGAACAUUUGCAGGCCUGGGACGUAUUCGAUGUUGGCGAAGGAAUCGAUGCCCCGCUUUGGCAAGAUAAUGAUGGCUGGGCGCCGCUUCAUCUCAGUGUCGUCGGCGGCCACCCUUUAACUACCCAAACGCUUUUAAAAGCAGAGAAUUGGAAAGGGCAAGCCCCAGACAAAUCGAUAGUUCGCAAGCAUGUCUCAAGGUCAAGCGCGGUUCUAGCACUGGCCGCCAAAGCCAACUUCAUUGAUAUCGUUCAGCUGUUGGUUGAUGCUGGAGUUGAGAUCAACUACCAAGACCAACAGGGUGAAACCGCGUUGCAUGUCGCGGCCCGCUUCGGUCAUGACAAGUGUGCUCGUAUUCUGCUCAAGGGAAACGAUGAUCAAAAAGCAGACACUGAGCUUGCAGAGCACACAUACUCGUGGACUCCACUUUUUGUAGCCAGUGUUGACGGCUCGCUGAGUGUCGUUGAGGCUCUGAUUGAAGCUGGUGCUGAUCUCGAGCGAGUGGAUUCAUCCGGCUGGACGGCAAAGGAACAUGCAGCCCUUCGUGGUCAUCUCGAAAUCGCCAGAUGCCUUGCGAAAGUCACUCCUGCACCUGAGCUCUCCGAGGCAGAGCCUGUCUUAGUUGUUCCCUCUACUACAUCUGCUCCGUCGUCUCAAUCGCAAUCAUCUCUUUUGGAGAAGAAGUCCAACGGCAGUUCUGCCGGGAGUACUUCUUCACGGUAUUCUGAGCCUGUUAAGUCAUUUGGACAUCGGUAUCUCACCGAUGAGGCCAUGAUUUUGGUCAGUCUGGGAACGAUGGACAUCCGAAAGCACGUGGAAGCUGUGAAUCUUGAUCGUAUUCCUGUGGAAAACGCACACGCGACUCAGCUGGAUACUGCUCUGUCUAUUGUGGUCUCUGCCAACGGCGCACAUGGGGAACCCGAGAUCAUUGAUCUCCCUGUACAAGACAACGUUGCGACAGAACCAAUUGUGUUCCAUUCGGCGGACCCUAGCAAAGUUAGGCUCCUCUUUGACCUUGUUCCGACCUAUGCAGGCUCAAAAGACAAGAUCGUGGGACGUGGUGUUGCCCUGCUCUCCAGCGUGAAGCCGACGGUUGGAUCUCACCGAAUCAACCUCCAAGGCGACUCUACUGUUCCCAUCGUGGCGGCCAAUACACUGGAUGUGAUUGGAUCUAUUACAUUCAACUUCCUUAUCAUCACGCCAUUCAAAAACCCAAACAUGACCGUCAACAGGGAGCAGACAUACUGGAGGAGUAUGACUUCGGAAACAAUGAUCAUCGGCCACCGUGGUUUGGGUAAGAAUUUCGAUAGCCGAAAUUCAUUGCAGCUGGGCGAAAAUACCAUCCAGUCUUUCAUCGCAGCCGCCAACUUGGGCGCUUCAUAUGUCGAAUUCGAUAUUCAGCUCACGAAGGACCACGUUCCUGUUAUCUACCAUGAUUUCCUUGUCAGCGAAACAGGAAUUGACGCCCCUGUACAUGCCCUUACGCUGGAGCAAUUCCUUCAACUGGGAGAGCGAGGCUCAACUAAAACACCUGCGUCUCGAGCGCCAACAUCCCCGAAAAUGGCUGCUAGCGACGGACGGGAACCGAGCAACCCCCCUCCCCGCCACCGAUCGAUGUCUGUUGGUGGCACAGAAAGUGACCUCCUGGAGCUGAACGAAAAGAUCAAGCACACGCGUGACUUCAAGAAGAAGGGAUUCAAAGGCAAUAGUCGAGGCAACUCUAUCCAGGCUCCGUUUGCCACGUUGGAAGAGUUGUUCAAGUUGCUACCUCAGAAUGUUGGGUUUAAUAUGGAGUUGAAAUACCCUAUGCUCUAUGAACUUGAGGAAGAAGAGAUGGAUACAUAUGCCGUGGAAUUGAAUUCCUUCGUGGAUAUUGUCCUCACGCAGGCUUAUGAAAUGGGUCAGGGACGCAACAUGAUCCUCUCCAGCUUCAAUCCCGAUAUUUGCCUGCUGUUGGCCUUCAAGCAGCCAUCUAUUCCUGUCCUUUUCCUGACCGAUUCCGGCUCCAGCCCCAUUGGUGAUAUCCGAGCCAGUAGUCUGCAGGAGGCGAUUCGCUUUGCCUCCCGAUGGAACCUGCUCGGCGUGGUGACACAGGCAGAGUGCCUUGUUCUCUGCCCGCGCCUUAUCCGCGUGGUCAAAGAAUCUGGUCUUGUUUGUGUUUCUUACGGUACUUCCAACAACGAUCCGUAUAAAGUCAAGCUCCAAGCUGCCGAGGGAAUUGACGCGGUUAUCGCCGAUUCCGUCCUUGCCAUUCGGAAAGGUCUAACGGAACGCGAUGGCUCUACACCUGGUCUCACCCCGCAUGCCAGCCCGCUCAGCGAGCCGACCACUGCGUCUCUCAAAGAGGCUUACAAGAUCCCGGUUCUGAGCCAGACGGAGCAGAAAGAUGAUCAUCUCCAUGUCAAGCCGGAGGCU